AGAAAUUAGCAUAUAUCUGUAAUUAAAAAUUUAUUUUUUUCUAAAUACAAAAAAAAUGCGAACUCAUAAUUUUAUUUAUUUAGUUGAAGGGGGUGGGGAGAAGUAAUAACACAAAUUUUCCCGCAAUUUUCUUUCAAAUUCUUUUCAUUCGUUGGUGGGUAUGAUAUAUUUUACACAGGAUUAUGGGAGCAGGAGGAUAAUAUAUGUCCCCCUCCCCAACAUGCGUUAACAUUUUGUCAAAGCUUUGUGACCUCGAGCAGUGCUUGGUCCAUCCCUGGUCGGCUCCAGAUGUCGGCCCUGCCUGUCUGGAGGCACAGCAUUGCGCCGGGUUUAACACGUUAAAUAAUGCGUGUCUAUGGAGAUAGUGUAAGAUAAAAAGUAUUGUUGAAAUAUUGGUAAACUAAACAUACAUUUAUGUAAAAGGGAUGGUUCAAGAUAUUUAUUUUAAUAGACUGAAAAUAACUGGAUAGGAAGUAUCAUGACAAUUCCGUCUUGAAGUGAGUAUAAAUAAAAAACGGUUAUAGCAAAACAAACAAGGAAUUAUUGGUUUAUAUGUUUUGCUAUUCAGAUGAGAAAUGAGAGAGGGGAUCGUUCUUAUGACUUCAAUUAUGAACCCGGCAAUAGUAGGCCCUCCCUGAGUCUAAAGCACCUAGCAGUAUUCAAGACGUAACACCAUGUCCAAGUGCAGGGAUGCAGGGAAGGGUGCAAGUGUGUAUUGUAGACCGGCCGGCGGAGAGUGAGUGGGGCUGUCCUGCAGACUCAACGAGGCUCGACCAUGCAGCUGUCCGUCCUGGUGUUGUCCGUGGGCCUCGCUCUGUGCGGGGCGGUGCCACGCUACGAGCUGCCCGGACCCUGGCCGGCGACCCAUCAGGGCCCCUUCCUGGAGCGCGAGGAGGCCGCCAUGAUGCCGGCGGAGUUACUGAUGGCGCGGGAGAGGCCUCGCCGCUCGCUGCAGCCGGGCGCGCCGCAGUACCCGCUGCCCGGCGCGCAGCCCGCCCAGCGCGACAACGACGUGGCGGUGUCGGCGACGAGGGAGCGCGGCGUGGGCACCGUGGUGGACGCCCAGGGCCGCGCCAACGUGUGGCGCAGCGACGACGGCAACACGCGCGUCGACACGCACGGCCGCUGGACGCGCGUGUACGACGGGCCGGCGCGCGGCCAGCGCUCGCACAGCGCGGGGGUCGUGUUCUCGCACCGCUGGCGCUGAUCCUCGCCCGUGCACAACAACACGUGUGAACACAUACAUCUGCCUUGCUGCAGAAACAUUGCAAAGAUAACUUUUUAAUGUGUCUAAAGUAAACCUUGUAGAGAUAUGUUUCUGCACUGUUCCUAAAACUUAUUAUUACCUAUCAAUUGAAAAACAUUUUUAAGGUUAUGUAACUGCAAAAUUUAGUUUUAAGAGACACCAUCUGCUAUCAAUUGGAAACAUGGUAAAAAAACAAUUAUCGUUCUUUUUUGAUGUGCAUAAAUCUGAAAUUUUGCAAAAGAAUACAAAUUUCAUUUCUGCAAUGUACCCGAGUCGUUGAGAUCUUGUUUACUAUAUAAUUGCAAGUCAAUCAACCCAGCACAAAUAAAAACUGUCACUUUGUGUGAGUGUGCAAAUGAGUAAUGUUGCAGAAUUGGUACAGAGUUUAAAGAUGAUAAAGUAACUUAACUUUUAUUUUUCUAAAUCAUAUUCUGUGCUACUGGAUUUACCAGCAAGAGGAAACCACAAGUAUACACAGGCACCAACUUUUAUGUGAGGAGAUGCUCUAGAUAUUGUGACAAGUUCAAGUGUUCAAAAACACUUAGACCACCUAUAUCUGGUCCCUAUAUUAAAUUACUUAUGGUUUGCAAUAUAACUUGAAAUUUUUAACCUUUAUAUUUCAAAUAUGUAGUGUAGGCCAAAUAUGUAGUGUAGGCCAGUGGUUUAAUUAUUUUAAUGACUGUCAAAUUUCAACUAGUUUUAUUCCAUAUGCAUGGUAAGAUCAAGAAUAAUAAAAAAGUAAUAAUGACAAACUGGUUACCAAAUUUGAUUUCUCAGAGAAAUUUUUAUAUAUAAACAAUCAUUUCUAAGUUGAAGGAUACAUUUUUCAGCCAUAUAAAAUAGUGUUGAUUAUACCACUAUCAGUAAUUUUUCUGUACUGAUGACAAUUACAAAUUUUUUCCAAACUGUUAUAUUAAUCAUAAAAGAAUCUUUAACAUGGUUUUAUUGAAAUUGUUAUGCGUGUUGCUGUUUAAUAAAACGAUUUGUUGACCUCUCA